UCUAACAACCCACUCUCUCACCUCUCUUUUCCCUCCAUUUUUUCUCUGUUUUUCAAUUCUCUCUCCACAAAAAAUGCCUAAAGUUAGACAAAGUUAGGGAGGAGAAAGUUAGAGAAUCUGAAUCCCCCGGUUCAGUCCCUCAUUCAGAAUUCCCCGCCGCAUUUUUCAAAACUGUAAUUCAAUUUCAAAGUUGAAAAAACACACUGAGGCGGGGCUCCAUUUACCCUCCCGCGAACCAAUCUCUUCUUUUUCGAUUUCCCCAUGGCACCUUCUCCGUAACACUCCCUCUCACCGAUUCUUCCCUCCAUUCCUUUUAUUCCAUUUUUUUCAAUUCCAAUUUUGUCCAUUUUACCCUUCCCCCAAUUCCCAACAUUAUAGGGUUCACACUUUUCCCCCAACAGUUUCACGCGAUUCCCACUCUUAGGGUUUCAAUUUUCAAUUUUCAACUCUUUUAAGAUCCAAUCCAUGGAAAGCGAAGACAAUUUCAGCGACACGGUUAUCAAACCCCGCUCCGCUCUCACGGACAUGACUAACCGUCCGUUAAAGAGACAGCUAUCGUCAAUUUCCGGCGACGACGUCGGAGUAGAGAAUUUACUCAAAAAGAAAUGUCACAGAGAAGAUAAGGGGAAAAGCCUCUGUGUCGAGUUACCUCUUUCCGGCAAUAAUUCGUCUCAAGAACCGAGCUUACCGAGCGGCGGAACUGAUGAUUCCAAUGAUAGUUAUGUUGGGUUUAGUCAGAAGAGUCAAGGAGGAUCCCAGAGUUACGAUUUUGUAGAUCGGGGUUUUGAACGCGAUGAUAGGGGAAAUUGUGUUGUGGAUGAUUUGGGAUUGAACAAAUGUGCAGGUGGUGUGGUGGAGCCUUCAAUUGUGUCUGGUUCUAAUUUUCCGGGAUUGGAACGGUGCGCGGGGCUUAAAGGUCACGGUGGUGGUGCGAAUUCAGAUGCACAUGUUGGUGGUGAUGUUAGUGUUGAGCUUUUGAAGAAUUGUACUUGUUCCUUUUGCUCCAAAGCUGCUUAUAUCUGGUCGGAUCUUCAUUACCAGGAUGUCAAGGGAAGAUUAACUGCUCUAAGGAAGAGUCAGAAGGAUGCAAGAUUGGUGGUUCAAAAAGUUUCUGGAAUAAAUGAUACUCGUACUAUCAUAAACGUGCAACAAGGCGCCACUGAUCCAUCCGAUUUGGAAUCAACCCUUAUGCAUCAGUGGAAAUCUCUGUUUGUUUAUAUGGAAAACAUACUGGGUCAUGAAAGUAGGCAACUUGAAUCAAGCUUUGAAAAAUUAAAAGACUUGAGAGAGAACUGCAAGAAUGAUCUUGAGUCAACUACCAACAGCAGUUCGGGCAAUCAUUAGUGUUUGAAUGUCUUUUAACAUUCAGCCAUCAGAGAUUCUGUUGAAGAUGAUCAAUCCUGUGGUUGUGGAUUUCCCAUUUCAUGAAGUUAAAAACCAUGUCAUGAGUCAUUUUAUUUUGGUCUGCAUGGAUGGUUUCUCUCUUUGGGGGCUGAGUCGUGCAUUAUUUGCCUGACUAUACUCAAUGAUAUAUACCAUGUUUGGUUUGGUAGUUCGAGAACAUUCCUCGCAUCCCAAUAAACAUAUUGACAUAGUUUUACACAAAAGCUAUGAAUUGUAGCUUCGAUUUAAAGUUUGGUAUUAGUACCGCAAAAAUGAACAUACACAUAAUGGAAUGCACAACUGCUCAAUUGGAUAAUGUAAAAAUUCUGUUAUGUCAAAUUCACCAUUAUAUUAAUAUUCUGCUAUGUCAAAUACACUACUCUUUAUUAAAGAAGACAUGUAUUAAUGAUC